UUUCCCUCCUCGCCCAAACGCUGAAGGCUCCAAGCAACCGCAAAAUAACCACCGUUUCCUUCCAGCCCCGCGAAUCUUCGAGCCCCCUUCCCCACCCGACACGCCACACCAUGACACCACUCUCCCCUUUCCACCCGUCCUUCCCCUUCUCCUCGGUGCCUCCGAAUCCCAGCGCACGCCUCCGCUGCCAAACCCUAGCCGGCCACCUCCGCGAGAUGGACGAGGACUGGGAGCUCCUGCUCGCGUCCCCCAAGGCGGCGGCCGAACCGUACGCCGGUGGCGGCGGGGAGGAUGACGCCGGCGCCAUCAAGCACGACUACUUCGACCUCGGCUCCGACGCCAAGUACCCCAGGAGGGCGUCGCUGUCGAAGGAGGACGAGGAGGAGGAGGUGGAGGGGCUUCUUGCGGCGUCGGACAACGCGAGCUGGGUGGAGCCGGACCCGGAUGAUCUCCUUUUCCCCGGCCGUGACCGAGCGGCUCUGUGGUCGGACUCGUCCUCGGACGGGGAGAGGCCGGAGGUCGAGGUGACCGAACCUGUGGAGCGGACCAGGGCGGAGGCCGGGGCGGCGGCGGAGGAGGAGGGGGCCGAGGGCGCGGUGGCGAAGGGAGGAGGACCUGUCCGGUGGUGGAAGCUGCCGCUGGACGCGCUGCGCGUGUGGGCCCUGCGCGCGGCGAGGAGCGCCUGGUCGGUGCCGUUCGCCGUCGCGCUGCUCGGCUUCGCCGUGCUCGGGCGCCGGCUGUACCGGAUGCGCCGCCAGAGCAAGGCCGUCGGGCGCGUCCGCCUCGUCCUCGACGAAAAGAAGGCAUCCCAAUUCAAGGGCCAAGCAUCACGUCUGAAUGAAUCCACAGCUAUGCUGCGGCGAGCUCCAAUCAUAAAGCCUAUGCUUCCUGCAAAUGGAGUUACUCCAUGGCCUGUCCUGGGACACCUGUGAGAUUUGUGAUCAGUGACAUAGAGCUAAUAAUACCAUAAUCCCCAGCCAACCAGCGUCACUCGCCUUGCUACUGGCGAGUGGCUAGCAUACUAUGCAAACCCAUAUGUACCGGCUGCUUGUAAUUUGGAAUUGCACAGUUGUGGAAUGUGGAAGACCUUGCAAGUUUCCGUCCAUGCGAAAUGAUAUUUAGGCCUGCUCUAGUUCAUGUUUCUUUUGUACCCUUGUUUACAUUUUUAUUUUCUGUAGCAUUAUAUCACCGAUCCUUUGUGCUUAA